CACGACGUGCUUGAAUGUCGAAUACAGCACGGCCGAGUCUUUUGUUCUACGCGCUAGCCGUGGUUUGAAGUAUUUUCUCCGAAAUUGAUCCGGCCCUGUUUCCAAUUGAGCUGUCUGUACGUCGAGGAAUGGCUGCCGGUGGCCGUUCAUAAGUUUCAUCUUUCGCUAACGUCUUAGUAUGAAUGUAUUGUGGAUCUGUAGCUGGAUUAAACAUGUUGCUAAACCAUGGGCCCCUUUCAAGGGUAGAGACGUACAGUCAUACGAUUCCAAAUCGUUGAAACGACUUCCAAUUCACUUGGGUGUCAUCAUUCUAGAGGACAACAUAUCUUAUAUAGACAUUGCAAACAUAAUUAUAUGGUGCAUGACACUAGGUAUAUCAUAUAUAUCUGUUUAUGAUAGGAAAGGUGUAAUCAGGCAAAACCAAAAACAUUUAGCAGAAGAAAUACACAAAAGGAAAGAAGAAUUAUAUAAAAAACGACGAGAAUCAUUUAAUAUAAAUGUAUACAAUGGACUGUAUGAUAGUUCGAAAUAUACAGGACCAUCCAGUAGUAACAGCUCAGAUGUUCAGCUGCUGUCUGAGGAGGACGGCCAGCUCAGUCUUGUUCAGGUAGCCAAAGAAAUCAGCAAAUCAGUGAAGGAGAAAAGAUGGAAGGUAGAGGAUGUAUCCCUGCAAAAUGUAGAAAAUUACCUACUAGAAAAGUCACGUUUUCCAGACCCUGAUCUAGUGAUUAAAUUUGGUGCUGCAGAAUGUUUAAUGGGAUUUCUUCCAUGGCAAAUUCGUCUCACUGAGUUUUUUGUAAGUCCUUCCCACAGAGGUCUCUCCUAUAAGACAUUCCUAUCCCUGUUACAAGACUAUGGGAACACACGGCAGCGGUUUGGGAAGUGACGGCCAUCACAUUGUCACAACUCCUGUGUGUAUGUUUACAGAUACAAUGAAUAGUAUAUUAUAUCAAGUCUGAAUACUCCAGAAUGUAAUGUGAAUCUUGAAAGAUUACAUUUUGAAGGAUAAUAGUGAUAAUGUUUGAGGUACAGAUAUUUUUUGUGUAUUCUUUUAAGAAUAAUGCAUUAUUAAAAUGAUGCAGGUUAUUUACACACUGUGCACAACUGCAAAUACUAAGAAAGGAUUUAUAUUUUGAAUUAUACAUUUCAUUAAGCCCAAUGGUCAUAUAGAAACAUUUGUACAGGUUUACAUCGAUCUGAUCUGUGUUUUGAACAUGUAGGUUCAUUCCUUAUUUGGAUCUUAUUGACAUCAUCAUGGUGUUUCUUUAUACAGUCUGGAGAGCUUUGUCCAGUAAGUUCACUUGAUAUGUAUUAUUUUAUGUAGUAUCCCAAAACGUUAUCAAGAAAUAAAAAUUAUCGCUUAUACAAUGGCAUCAAAUCCGAAUAAAGAGGAAAAGGUUUAACACUGAGGAGGAAUCGGGACUGUAUUAAAAUGCCCGUUGCAACUAUGAGAGCUGUUUUUAUCUUGUA